AUGAAAAGUCGCGCUCCCCUCCCGGUUCCAUCCGGGCCUCAAUCUCUCCAGAACGGUCACGCUCGCAAUCCCUCAGGCUUCGACAUGGCUGCCCGCAGUCCCCCAAAUCAGAGCAGUAUGCCUUUCCCAUUAUCCCAUACCAAACAUGUGCCCUGCAAGUUCUUUCGUCAAGGAGCUUGUCAAGCCGGGCCUGCUUGUCCAUUCCUUCACUCCACCGAUGCUGCGAUCGAUUAUGCGCCCUGCAAAUAUUUCACAAAGGGAAACUGCAAAUUUGGCGCAAAGUGUGCACUGGCGCAUAUCCUACCUGAUGGUCGACGUGUAAACCGGCCUACCCCUGGGGGCAUGGGAAUGAGUGGCAGCCAUCUUAAUUUAGGUGGUCGGGUUAAUCCGCAGGCGUAUGUCAACCAGGAUUCCGCGUUAACGAACUCGGUGCUUUCGCAACAACGAAUGAACGGCCAUGAUCCACGGUACACCUCCCAGCUUCCCACUCAAGAGGAAUUCGCCGCGCUACACCCCCAGCAACAACCUCCCUACGACACCAUUCCAUCAAUCGACACUGGUCUAGCCUCCGAUGCUGGUUCUAAAUAUGGCUCCCCGGUUGAGGAAUUACGAUUUCCGAUGUCCCCCAAUCAUCAUCAGCAUCUGACUGCUCUUGAUGCUCCGCUUCCUGCGUCCUUUGACAGCCAGGGUAUCUCACAUGCUGCUCGCUAUGGCCCUGUGGCUGCUUCUAUGCCGUCCAAGUUCGGCCUGGAACUGUCCCCGCCUGCUCAGAGAAUAGGCGCCCCCCCGGAUGCGCUCCGAAAUCUACGUGACACCGCUUAUGGAUCUGAUUCGAGGAAGCCUUCAUCAUCUUUCAUUGGAUCCUCGCCCCCGGGUAUGCUGGAGGAUGGCUUGAGUUCGCGAUUCCUUCACUCCCAGCGACCGGUUAAGGCCCGCAUGCUUUCCGCAAGUGUACCCCGACCCACAGCUCUGGAUGACUGGGACGAUAGUAAUUUCCCGAUGGAGGAGGACUAUUUGCCCAUCAACCUGCAUGAUGACGUGCUCACUCCUCAAGAGCGACUCCGACGCAUGUCUCGCACGGAUCAUGACCUUAGCUCCAGUCACCGUGACCUUAGUGGGCUAGGCAUGAGUGGUACCAGUUUCUCCAAAGUCAGCUCGCCGCUUGCUUCCAGCCCCUCUCGGUUCGGUGCCUUGUUCGCGAAGCAGCGCCAAAAGAAAGAAGAAGAAUCUCAGGGCACCUCAUUCUCACACAUUGGAUCCCCUCUACGUGAGUCUUCACUAAACCUGGGUAUGAGCCCAAGUCUCGGCCCUAUCGGAAGCCCCCCACGAUAUACUUCAGCCUCUAUGAUAUCCCAGCAGCUCAGCGGUCUAUCUCUUCAUCCUCCUUCUGCCCGUCAUACUCCAUCAUCCAUCGGUACUAGCAGCCGGCUAGACCGUACAGUCUCGUCGCCCGUCAGCACAAGCAAGAUUGAUGAGGAACAAGGUGACUUGGUUUUCUCUAUGGAGGAGGAAGAGAACAACAAACGAAGCAGCGCCUCCUGGAGUACCCACAAAACGGAUACCAACGAUGGGUCUUCAACUUCGGCGAAAAGCUCUGGUUUCCAGGAAUGA